UGCGCGGCCGUCCGGUGGCGCCGCCUCGCGUCCCACUCGCCAACCGAACCGUCAUCGGGCCCCGUCCACUAGCCGAGGGGAAGACGGUAGUAAAGUGAAACGUCUACCGCGAACGAGAAACGUACGUGCGACCGAAAAUCUCCGCCACGGACGAUGUGAACACGGGCACACAGCGGUGUGUGUGUCUAGUGCGUGUGCCCCCUGAGAACGCGUAAACGUAACAGUGCAACCGCCCCCCGAGCAAGAUGAGACGGGCCGCGCCGCCACCGUGCUAAGCGAAGCCGCAGCCGAGGAACACGGAACACUCGGGAGAACGGGACACGAGCCGUGUGUUUUGGUUAUUGCUGGUGGUGUUUGCGUUCGUUUGUUGUUCUUGUGGUGUCCGGUUGUUUUGGUGUCAUGCGAUCGGAUUAGCGAUUAAAUGAAGAAGCCCCCACGGUGUUUUGGGGGAUGAUGAGAAGGGCGAGGUUCCCGUGCGUCAGCCUUGCACGUGUAGUCAGGUCCAUUAAUAGUGAGAGAGAGAUAGUGAGAGAGGGUCCGAGUGUCUCGAAAAUCUUUAAAUAAACAAUUUGCCCGAAAACAAAUUAACAAACGAGAAACUUGUGGAACGAGACCGCCUGCGGGAGCGGGAUCGUCAGGCACGUGCGCAAAUGUCGCAGGUCCCGGAUCUAGACGAAGGUGCCGGAUCGGGGCCCCUUUUCGGACAGCCGAUCAAGGUCAAUCCGUCAUCGACCGAUCCGGUCACGCAGCAGAUUCAACAGAAGCUAGGCGAUUUCGGCGCCUUCCGUCCGUAUCUCGGUCAGAAUCAUUUGAUCGGCGUCGACGGUGUCAUACCGCCCAGUCCGGCGCCGUCGUCGAGGCCGCCCUCCUUCCCGUUGCCGCCCUCGAACUCAUCAGCCGCACCCAGACUCCAACCGUCGCCGGAAUGCCGGCAGGACUUCAAGAAACCGGGCGGCGGCGUGAACCACGCGUCGGCCCCCCGGGGCGGCUACCUAAAGCUGCAGGAGGGCAAGCCGCCGUACGCCGGCCGCGGCGACUAUCCGGGCCAGCCGGGCAACGGCAUCACCGGCCACCGGUCUAAGGGCAUCGUGCCCGCCAAGGGUCCACCCCUGUCGUCGCCGACGGCGUCGUCGUCGACCAGUGCGGCGGCGGCGCCCGCCUCCUCGUCCUCCGCGUCGAGGAUGCACCAGAACCACGCCAGAGUAGGAGCCAGAGGACAGUAUGAUAUGAGUCAAUCGUCGUCGAUGGCGGCGCCCCGCGAACCGAUGCCGUUCCAGACGCCGAGCAGCGGCGACCUGGACAACAUCAUGAAGGAGAUGAAAAGGAUACCGGCCCCGUUGGAAUCGAUAGCUGCGACGCCUCGCAUCGAUCUCGACAACAAGUACAGACAGAGCGCCAGCCAGUACAAUUUGGGAAAAAUUUCCGAGGCGACGCCAGGACCGUACCCAUCGAAAAAGAAGGAACGUCAUCCCGGCCUGGCACCAGUUUCCGACCUUCAGGGUGAUCUCAGCCUGUCGGAGAGCGAUGACGAGCACAGACAAACCACCCAUGAACCAGUAGGAAGGAUGCUGUCCCCGAUCGAGGCGACGCCCGCCCACCCGUUCGCCAACCACCCGCCCCUGCCGAACCUGAAGUACCCGCCGCCACUCCACCACCACCAACACCACCAUCAGCAGCAGCAACAGCACAACCAUCACGGCGGCCACCAUCAGAAAUCGACGCCCUCGCCCCAGGGCAACCUGUGUCCGCCGCCGGCGCCCGCUCCCGCCCCCAUGGCGCCGCCCCUCAGUCCCGUGGCCAGCUCGUCGAGCGAUUCGGCCAGCGAUUCGGACAGUGCGAGCGACUCGAGCAGCGAUGAUUCGCAGGAGGAGAACGUCACCUCGGCCGAGAGCAAGGGUACCACCGCCGCCGACUUGGCCCCCGCACCGCUGGCGGUCGAAGAGGUGGCGAGCAUGUCGCCGAAACAGAACACGCGGUGGAACCUGGGCUCGUUCGUGUCGAGCCAGAACGUGAUGCUGUCGCCGAAGGUGGAGACUUCGGGCGGCCAGUCAGGCAAUCAGAUUUCGAUACCGGAGAGUCCGGACAGUAACAAGAAGGGCAACAACGACGAGUCGAACGGAGACGACACCAGCGACUCGAAGGACAUUGUGCGCAAGGUGACGGAGGAUCUGACGCGGGUGCCGAACAUGCUGAGCAGCUUCUCGGACGAUUCGGAUCAUAGCGGCGAGGCGCCCAAGGGCGCGGGUCGCGCGAGGAAACACUCGUCGAGUGACAGUGAUAGUGAUAGUGACGACGACGAUGCCAACAGCAGGACUAGCAAAUGCAAAACAGUGAAACCAGUGAACAGGGCCAGUCCCAGGACGAAAUCGGUUGAUUCGCUAAGCGAUUCCGACGGCGAGGUGUUCAACAAGCCGGGGCCGAUCGUGCCGGUCGCCCAGCAACCGAAAGCGGUACCGGAAAAGACGACGACCACGCCGACGAAGCCGAAACAGAGUCGCGGACGGCCCAGAAAAACGAAAACGCCCGUCAGCUCGGACACGGAGGUGAAGGUGAAGAAGCGCGGACGCCCGCCCAAGGACGGCGCGUCCGCCCACGUUAAGGGCAAGAGGGGCCGGCCCCCCAAGUCGCAGCAAACCGCCCCGUCCAGCAGCAGCGACGACGAGGAUCACGGCAAGUUCGAGAAGCCCCAUCCGCCGCCCAGAAGACGCACCAAAUCAAAAUUGCAAACCUCUUCGAGUAGCGAUUCAGACAGUCCGACACCGACGCGUCGUCCCGUCUCGUCGGCCAGCCACCGUUCUUCCGACCGAAGCGAUUCGCCUCGCAAACCGCCCCGUCACAAGUCGCCCCGCUCCGACGACAAACUCGUGGCCAAAAAGAAAAAGGGUGACUCAGACGAGGAGUGGAUGGUGGAUCAGCAACGCAACAACCGUGCGAAAACCUCGACGGAAGGUGAGCUGCGUCGACGUGCCGAGACUACGCCGAAAAAACGGCCGGAACGUGAAGGCAAAACUUCGCCGCUGAAGAGGAAGCCGGGCAGGCCAUCGAAGAGUGCAGAAACGUGUCCGACGACGACAGACAGCAGCGACAGCGAUGAUCCACCAAAGGCGUCAAGAUCGAAACGAAAACCGAGCUCCAGAUCUUCGUCGUCGGAUGAUGAGAGACGACGUCGUGCCGGAUCCGAUUCGUCGGACAGCGACGUUUGUUCGCCACUCAAAAAGACACCAAGCAAAGCAGACACGACGACGCUCAAACUCGAGGAAAGUAAACCGGUGCAGGACAAGAAGAAGAACGACACGUUGCGCAAGCUCUUUACGUUCAAGAGGGGCGAUGCGGACGGCGGUAAAGGUGGUGGAAAGGGCGGCGGUAAAGGCGGCAAAGGUGGAAAAGGAAAAGGUGGAGUGAACGUGAUAAUCGUGGACGGCGACUACGAACGAAGCAGUUCGUCAGUGGAAGACGAAGCGAUGCCAGUUAUGUCACAGAAUCCAGCGCUGCUGUCGCCUAUAGCGGCGCCCACCAUCGAACAACCACCCGCUCCACCCCCCAUGAAACGUCCUUCAUCAGUUACGGCAACAACACCCGCUUCCUCUCCCGCCUUUCCUAUUCACAUGAAGACUGAACCACCUGGCACGCCAAUCGGCAAAGUUAUGCCGCUGAAGGUCAGCUUAAGUUUGGCGCAGAUCGACUGGAAGAGAAUACCCGCCCUCAAGCGACACCUGGAGCGGACACAGCAUCCGUUCUUCCUGCAAAGUCUCAAGGAGAACGAGAGAAGGAACAGCGACGGGGAGGAGGACAAGGAGAAAUCGCACUCGAAAGAGAAGAAGAACAAGGGCGACAAAGAACACAAGCACAAGAGCAAGAAGCGCAAACGGCGGAACAGCGGCAGCUCGGUCUGUUCGCAGGUGAGCAGCCAGUCUCAGGUCAGCGUGAAGCAGCGCAAGGAGCACAAAAAGGGCAAGGACAAAGAAAAUCAGAAGUCGAAGAGGCGGAAAGACGAGAACGCGAGUACGUCGGACGCGUCGGUGGCAUGCGUGCCGCCGCUCUCGCUCCACGCCCCAUCCACCGCCAACAACCGAUCUCACGGCGAGAACAAUCUCAAUCUGGUCACGGUGCCGCCGACGAAUCACGAGCGGGACGAGCAGGCCGCCUCGGCGCGGCUCACCGCCACGGUCGCACCGAUGACGGCCCAAACAUACGACUCGUCCGGCGGCAACAGGUCUCUGCAGCAGCAGCCGCACCGCGAGUACCACUCGUACUUUGAUCACUACGACGAGCCGUCGGAGAUCGAUGAAAGGGACCAACAUCAGUACCUGAGCGACGCGAAACGGUUAAAACGACUUGCCGACAAGGAAACCGAUCCCAUUAAACAGUGUCUGCUUUAUUUGGAGGCGGUGUUGUAUUUUCUAUUGACCGGCAACGCAAUGGAACACGAGAGCGUCACCGAAAAGGCAGUCUUCACCAUGUACAAAGAAACACUCAGCCUCAUCAAAUACAUCUCGUCAAAGUUCCGCAAUCAACAGAACGUCUCGUCGGUCCACAACAAAUUGGCCGUCCUAAGUUACCGCUGUCAGGCACUGCUCUACUACAAGUUGUUCAAAAUGCGCCGACAGGAGGCCAAAGAUAUUGUCAAACAGUGGUCCGAUUUUAUUGCCAAGAAUCCGGCGAUCACGCAAGAGCAGACGCCGACCGCCCAGCAGCAGCAACAGCAGCAGCAGGGUCAGGGCACGCCGUCCGCCCUGUCGCCGACCCCGUCGCCCGCCGGUUCCGUGGGCUCCGUGGGCAGCCAAUCGUCGGGCUAUUCGAGUGGCGAGCUGCACGCGGCCGGACGCGGCGGCCAACCGCCAGCCGUGUGUUCGACGGCCGCCGCCGUCCACCAUCCGGGCGGUCCGGGUGUGUGGCUGCCAUUGUCCGUGUACAACGCGAUGGCCAAACAGAACCAGCUGUUCACCUAUCAGAUUUCUUAUCAGGAGCUGUGGGACACGGCGGACGCGCUCGUCAUGAAGGCGGCUGACAUGGGCAAUAAAGAUUUCUUUAUCGAACUGGAUCGGCAGUGCAAACCGUUGACGCUGCACAGUUCGCUGAUCGACCUGGUGCGUUACGUGCGCGAAGGCAUCAACCGGUUGAAGCGGGAACGCUAGUCGUCGGAGCGGCACGGACGACUUCUUGUACAUAGUGGAGGUGGAGGAGGAGGAGGAGGAGGAGGAGGAAGAGGAACGAUGUACGAUGCCAAAGAAAACUUGCACCGAGUCAAUUUGUCAAAACGCGGAACCAGCAGCGCGCGAUUCAUAACCAAUAAUAAAACUUGGAACAUAUUUACCGGAACACACUUUAUACAAUUAUAUAUAUAUAUAUAUAUAUAUAUUGAUAUAUUUAUGAUACGCUAGUGUUAGGGACUUUUACCUAGAGAAAUAUGGCAAUGGUGCCGAAUUUUUUAGAUUGAUUUUAUAUAUAAAUAAGGGGAACGGAGACGUUCCCCCUAAAGUUUAGAGUCUUUGUGAUCGACAUUUUGAGUUUCUAGUUAAUGACUUAGGGUGCAGUACUAUAAGUAAUAUUUUUACAUAUACAUUAUAAAAAAACAAACAUAGUAAAAUUCCAAUUGUAUAUUUUUGUGUAAAUAAUGUACGCUAAAAAGUUAUAUAAUAUAUUUAUGACAAUGCUGCAAAAAAAAAACUAGUGAAAUGAAGCAAAUCUAAAAACUCAAGGCCUAGCGAAACAAAUCCGUACAUCUCACUCGGUUGUGGAUGUCUCUAGUUUCAUUUUUUUGAUUUAAGAGAACUAAUGUUAAAUCAAGUGGUCAUUGUUAAUAACUUUUUUCAUAGAUAUAUUUUAGAGAUUAUUUCGACUCGGUGACGUGAAUUCUGCCCGGAAAAUAAUGAUCCGUUUCAAUCUCCGUGCGGGCGACACAAAUCAAUCUAAAAAGCUGCUCUUUCUUCACCCUUUUUAUAUACAUUGACUUAUUUAUUUUUAUAUCCGUGUAUUUUUUAUAGAUUAUCAUUGAAAUAAUUUUAUUAAACAAUUAAUAUCAAAUAAUUAUGAAUUAACAAGACUGUACAUAUCUAAUUAACUAAAUUGUAUUGAGUCAAUUAAAUAAGGAACCCUUUGUUCAAAUUUCUAAAGCUGGACGUAGAAUUGUUAACUUUACAACAAAAACAAAUAAUGGUUAAUUCUAAAACUACAUUGAACUGUGAUUUCAAUAAUAUAUCAAAUAAUUUAUUUGUCAAUUUAUUCUCACCUUUGCAAUUAUUAUUAUUAUUGUCAGUAUGGAUUUGGCCCGAAAAAAAUCAAACACUGUUAGGUAAUUGUAUAAAGAAUUGAAAGAAAAGAAAAAAAGACUGAUGAUUCGUUUAAAUAUUGUACGUUUUUCGAGAUUAUAUAAUUUAAAAGCAGUGUGUCUCUCAUUGUGUCGCUCUCGCCUUUGCCCUGUACAGUGUUGGAUCAGUUAUUUUACCUUCGCAAAGAAUUUCGUCCGAGUCGUGUGUGCAUAUGUACCAUGUAUAUGUAUAUCUUGUACAUUUUUAUUAUUUAAUUUUUUAUCGAUUAGUUGUUUUCCAUUAAGGUCAUUAUUAAGACGUAAAAAAACCACAAAACACAUUAAAUUGUCGCGUUUUUUACUUUAUAUUAUAUUGUUGUUUAAUUUAUUUUACUUUUUCAUUAUGAUGACGUGUUUUUGUUGAUCGAUAGAUCUUCCAAGUAUUUUGUAUGAGAAUUUGGGAGGGAGUAAAAGUUUAUGCAUACACUCAAAAUCAAAAAACGGGGGAAAAAAUAAUCAAAAGAAUCAAAAGAAAACGUCUGGGCCAUUUUUUUACUACCGAACCAAUUGUAUUUUUUAUUUGGUUAACGACAGUUGUUCGAUUCUUUUGAGACAAGUUUGGUUACAAACUUACGUUUUACGCAAUUUUGUGACGUAUCCCGGAUUGAAAACUGACGUAUUGUUAUAAAAAAAAUAGAUUUCAAUCCGGGAUCUGUGUGAGACUUUUGAAAGCUUUGCGUUGAAUGUUUAUUUUUUGAUUGUUAUGGAAAAUUGGAUGCUGACAUCACAAAAUAAAAAAGUAAAGAAGUAGGCUGCUAGGAGGGACCAAAACGGAAAUAAAUCUCUUGAGUGUAUACGAAUUGGCGAUGAUAUUAAUUGUGCAUCUAUGAAAUUUUCGAACGCAUCAUUUUAUUGUUGCAUUUCAGUUUUGUUUUUUCCUGUAAUAUAAAAUAUACAUAUCGACUGACAAAAAUUGUUUUUUCUGUUUGAAAUAUAUUAAUUUAUUUAUAUA